AUGUCCCGCCAUCACCCCGACCUCGUCAUGUGCCGCAAGCAACCCGGCAUCUCAAUCGGCCGCCUGUGUGACAAAUGUGACGGCAAAUGUCCCGUCUGCGACUCAUACGUGCGGCCCACGACCCUAGUCCGCAUCUGCGACGAGUGCUCGUUCGGCAACUACCAGAACAAAUGCAUCGUGUGCGGCGGCGAGGGCAUCAGUGAUGCGUUCUAUUGCUUCGAGUGUACGCGCCUCGAGAAGGAUCGGGAUGGGUGUCCGAAGAUUAUCAAUUUGGGUAGUUCGAGGACGGAUUUGUUUUAUCAGAAAAAGAGUUUUCGGAAUCAUUGA